CAGCACGCUGGUUCGGGCUCUGAUUUGUAGCUUUUUGCUUGGGUAAUUUUAACCGAAACAAAAUAGUUAAUGUUAAAGCAAAGUUACUCAAAUACUGAACACAUGUUUGAAAUGAACAUCUUUUCAUCUUAUUUCUAAAUAAUGGCAAGUUACAACCUGUGUGUCCAUACCACUAAUGCACUACAGACUAGUGCUAUUAUUUAUGUUUGUAAAUUGUUGGGAUACUAGAGAUUGAAAUCUCAGAUCAAGUAGCUUCAUACGGUUUUCAACUUUUUUUAAAUCAAUACAUUUAAUGCUAACAGUUCGACGAAUAAAAAUACAUUUUAAUGAAUGUUAUCCUAAGGCAGAAAAUGUGAUCCAGGGGGAACAGAUAAUGCAUUAUUACAUUGUACCGCAGACUAGUGUGUGAGUCUGUUUGGUCAUGUUUUAGUGGCUUUUUAUAGAUUUAAAAUCUAAUUUAUUGUAUCGUGUGUAUUGCAUCGGGUUUUUGACAUUUUACGGUCGAAUAUGAAGAUUCAAAUAAGCAUCAAAACAAUGAUUUACAUAGUAUUGAGUGUGUGUGAUACUUCUAAACAAACGGACACAAAUAAUUAUCAAUAAUUUGACUCUGAUACGACUCUACAUUUCAAAACCAGUUGAGAGAUGCGAUGAAAUACGGGCUCAAAUAACAUGAAUGAAUAAUAAAACGCAUCGUUCAAGAUAAGUAUUUUUAAGGUUCUGCGAAACAGUGAAAUAUCGCAUAAUUUAGAUUUCAAUAACUUGUUUAGCUGUGAGCGAAUAUAUGAUUUGUUUUGGUCUUACUUGGCUUUUUAUGUUGUCCUUUUUGUAGAGAUUCUGUACACAUUGCGGUCGGUUGUUUAUCGAUUCCAUGUACUCUUAUUUCAUAUACUUAAUUUUCAUAUUUUAUUUUGUAGCAUUUGUAAGUUUCCCAGUUCUUCUUUGGGGAAUGGAAACAGUUUGCAUAGGAUUACUAACUACUUAUCUGUAACUAUAGUAAUUAUGUCACUGGAAAGGUGGGUUAAGAUGCUGCUGUUUACGAAACAUUAGCACAGCUAGCUGAGGUAAACAGGAAGCUAUGUAUCAAUUGCAUUAAGUUAAUGAUUAAAUUAAUUUAUUGCCUGCUCGCGACGAAGUAUGUAUUUAAAGUGAACAAUACGGAGGUAACGAAUCAGUUUCUUUAAUAGAUCAUUGUGUAGCUCUGUGUGAGUCCGUUAUAUACUUGAAACAGAGCAGAUGACGCAAAUCGCUGGCUAUGCUAACAUCUUUUUGGUUUAAGUGUAUGGAUGGCAUAUGGCGUUGCUUUGUUGUCUGAGGUUUAAAAACAAUAUGAUGCAGAUUUAUGUGAAAGUAUAAAGUCAUGUUUAUAAUAGUAAAAUAAAUUAUAUCUGUCUAACAGCAAACAUACUAUUUUUUGGCUAUUUGUCAGCAAUUGCGAGCAAGCUACUAGAGGAAAAAAAAGUUCUUAAAGAAUUUAUUGCAUGUUUUACUGGCAGAUAUAAAUGAAUAAAGGCAACAAAAUAACGAGGUUUAGGAGAUUUAGUAUAAGAAGAUGUGUCUGAAUUCUGUGUUUGCAGGAGGUGGGAGGGCACAUGAGUUAAUGUAAGUGAGAGUCUGGGGUGAUUGCAAUUACAACUGUGGGAAACCCUGAAAAGCGCGAAUGUCGGCGCCCCUCUAUAAGAACAGCAUAUGGCCCACAAAUCCAUAAUUCAGAAGACGACAUAUCUUUCUUCCUUGAUACUUUAUAGACAAUAUUAGUAAUUACAGAGUGAUAUGCUUAUUUAAUUAUCUGGGACUUUGUACCCGUGGGUAAAGUAUUGGUUCUACUGUGUCUUAGGUUGUAUUUUAUGCAUUUCUGAACUCUGGCUCGUGGUGCCGCUGUUGAUCGCUGGGUGGUGGUGGGUAAUAUCAGACCGGAGGCUCUCCCUCACUAUCGCGCAGUAGGAGACACGGAGAGCAGUUCACUGUGCGCGCGGAGUCCGCUUCAUUCAGCACGGGCGGCUGGCAGCUCUGUGAUAUUUCCGAUCCACUUAACCAGGAUUAAUUUGUUAUUUUCAAAAUAUUCUUUUUUUGAGUCUAAAGAAGUUGAGGAUUAUUUCAAAAUAGGCGGGAAAUUGUUUUGUUCUCUGCGAUAAGGAAAACAACUAACCGGACAAUGAGACGGGAAGCAGGCUUACUCAUUGCGAGUGUGUGCUAUAUUGGCGCAGUUGUCGGCCAUGUUAGGUACUCUGUACCGGAGGAGAUGACAAAGGGCUCCUUCGUUGGAAAUAUCGCUCAGGAUUUGGGGUUGGAUACUAAGCGGCUGCUUGGCGGAAAAGCUCGGAUAUUUGCCGGAGACAAUAGUGAGUAUAUCGACCUGAUUGGAGAAAGAGGAAUACUGGUCGUAAAAGAAAGGAUAGAUAGAGAAGCACUGUGCGGACUGACCUCGCCUUGUUCCAUACAGUUCGAGAUUGUCCUUGAUAAUCCAAUAGAAUUUCAUCGAGUAACGGUAGAAAUUUUAGAUAUUAAUGACAACCAUCCUGUCUUCCCGAAAGACGAAAUAAGGUUAGAGAUAAGCGAGUCUGCUCUACCGGGCGCAAGGUUUGUGCUGGAAAGCGCCGUGGACCCUGAUGUGGGUGUUAACACACUGCGGAGUUAUGCUCUGAAACCCACGGAUCAUUUCGCAUUAAAAGUGGAUUCUCAGCCCGACGGCAGUAAAUAUGUCGCGAUGGUGCUUCAAACUCCACUCGAUCGGGAGAAAUCAGAGGAAAUGUCGUUACUGUUGUCCGCUGUAGACGGCGGGGAUCCUCAGAUGUCCGGCACUGCUAAAAUACAUAUAACUGUGCUGGAUAGUAAUGACAAUCCCCCAGUUUUCACACAGGGCGUGUAUAAAGCUUCUGUAUCAGAGAAUGCGCCGAAAGGCACAUUAAUCACGACUGUGAGUGCUUCUGACGCAGAUUCUGGGUCUUACGCGUACAUAACAUAUUCAAUUCCGCACAGUGCGGAGAGUUUGGGAGAGAAAUUUACUAUUGAUGAGUUGACUGGUGAAAUAAAACUAUCUGGAGUACUUGAUUUUGAGAAAACAAAACAAUAUCAGCUCAAUGUUCAAGCCAAAGAUGGUGGUGGUCUUUCUGAUACCGCUAAAAUAAUUAUUGAAAUUAUUGAUGUCAAUGAUAACGCACCAUCAAUAGCAAUAAUGUCCUCGUCAAAUUCUAUACCAGAGAAUGCAUCACCGGGCACCGUCAUUGCUGUGAUUAAGGUUCAAGAUUCUGACUCUGGAAAUAACGGCCACGUCCAUUGUUACAUUAACGACAAUGUUCCAUUCGAAAUCACGUCGUCUUCCGAUAAUUUCUACAGAUUGCAGACAGAAACGCCAUUAGACCGAGAAACAACUCAAGAAUAUAACAUUACAAUUACAGCAACUGAUGAAGGCGCGCCGCCUCUUUCCAGAAAUGUAACGUUGUUUCUGAAAGUGUCUGAUGUCAAUGACAAUCUCCCCACCUUCGAGAAGAGCUCAUAUCAGGCUUUUAUUUUGGAAAAUAACUCCCCUGGCCAGUCUGUUUUGGAUGUGAAAGCCAGAGACUCAGAUUGGAACCAGAAUGCUCGUGUUUCUUAUAUGCUGGAGGAAGGGACUGUAAAUGGCGCGUCUGCCUCCUCAUAUGUGUCUGUUAACUCUGACAGCGGAGUCAUUCAUGCGUUGCGCUCUUUUGACUACGAGCAGAUGAAGGAUUUCCAGUUACGCGUAAAAGCGCAAGAUGGAGGCUCUCCUCCACUGAGCAGUAAUGUGACGGUUAAAAUCUUCAUCCAAGACCAGAACGACAACGCGCCGCAGAUCCUCUACCCAGUACAGACUGGCGUCUCUCUGGUGGCUGAGAUGGUGCCUCGUUCAGCAGAUGUCGGCUAUCUUGUCACUAAAGUGGUCGCUGUGGAUGUGGACUCUGGACAGAACGCCUGGCUCUCAUAUAAACUGUUGAAAGUCACAGACAGGGCGCUGUUUGAAGUGGGCUUGCAGAAUGGAGAAAUAAGAACUGUACGCCCGGUCGCUGAUAAAGAUGCUGUGAAACAGAGACUUACUGUUGUAGUGGAGGACAACGGGCAGCCCUCUCGCUCAGCUACAGUCAAUGUUAACGUGGCUGUGGCCGACAGCUUCCCGGAAGUGCUCUCGGAAUUCACGGACAUUACGCAUGAUAAGGAUUACAACGACAACCUGACUUUUUAUUUAGUCUUGGCCUUGGCUGUAGUUUCCUUCCUCUUCGUCUUAUCUUUAGUAGUUAUUAUAUCAGUAAAAAUCUACAGAUGGAGACAAUCUCGCAUUUUAUAUCAGUCCAAUCUCCCGGUUAUUCCGUAUUAUCCGCCCCAUUACGCAGACGUUGGAGGGACAGGAACUCUGCAGCACGUGUACAAUUACGAGGUGUGCAGGACAACUGACUCGCGGAAGAGUGACUGUAAGUUCCUCAGACCCUGUAGUCAGAGCGUGCUAAUGGUGGACCCCAGUUCUACGAACACCAUGCAGCACACGAUGAAGGAGAAAAACAUUCUGGAUGAAUUUGAUUCUACAGAGGAGAAAACUCCCAGUGACUGGCACUUCUCUCAGAACCAGAGACCUGGGACCAGCGGCAGAGGCAGGCCCCAGGGCACGCAGGAGAGAUGGCAUCCCCAUGGCAACAGCAGAGCUGGACCCCGCCCUGAGGACUCUGGAGCUGUGAGUGGGACCAGCCCCUGGCCCAACCCCCCCACCGAAGCCGAGCAGCUUCAGGCCCUUAUGGCUGCUGCCAACGAGGUGAGUGAUGCUACAGCUACCCUGGGCCAGCGCUACAAUCCCCAGUUCACUCUGCAGAAUGUUCCGGACUACCGGCAGAACGUCUACAUCCCUGGCAGCACCGCAACUCUGACAGCCAAUCAGCAGCAGCCGCCACAGCCAGCCCUCCCCCAGCCCCCACCUCCCACCGACGCCCCCAAACCUGCACAGACCCCCGCCAGCAAGAAGAAGUCCACCAAGAAGGACAAGAAGUAGGAGGAAGAGGAGGAGGAGGAGGGUUUCCUUCUCUGUUCCAGGUGGAGAUGCUGCAAGCGUAAACAUGUCCGGCCGUUUGUAUCUGAGUUUGCCAGCCGUGUGUGUGUUAAUGGCAGUAUGGAUGUACUUCAGUGUGUGUGUUAAUGGCAGUAUGGAUGUACUUCAGUGUGUGUUAAUGGCAGUAUGGAUGUACUUCAGUGUGUGUUAAUGGCAGUAUGGAUGUACUUCUGUGUGUGUGU